GCUGGCUCAAGACCUCCCCCUGAAUCAUUGAAGUCGACCCGUGCGAUGCCGCGACUUUUAUGCGUCGCCUUGCUACUGGGCGCGGUGCAAGCCGCAGUUGUAGGACAUGGUGCCAAUGGUGCCACCAGGUUCCACCAGGUUUGAGGCAGAGUUGGUCGCCCGAGUCGCCAACGUUCUGCAUGAAACAAGUCCUUCUGUGCUGCUGCAGAAGUUUGUAAAAGCAGAUCCAAAGAUGGACAAGGACCUUCCAGUGGUGCAUGUGGGACCAACGAGUGAUGAAGAGAUCGACACUUUGGUGAAGCAGGACCUGCAAAGAACCGUUAAAAGAUCCUUGCAGGAACGAGUUGCCGCAUGGAAAACCGUGGGAAUGAUGGCCGCGGUCUUUGCAGUUUAUGUUGCCUUGGUAGCGCUGCUGGGAUGGUGUUAUACCAAGCUUUGGUCAACUCCCGUGAUGUCCGAGUCGAAGCCUGACGUCGAGGUGGAGGAGUUCAGGCACGGAGUCUUCAGCUGCUUUGAGGAUAUGCAUAUUUGUGCCCUCUCCUUCUGCUGCAUGCCCUACCGCUGGGCUGACACCAUGAAGGCAGCUGGAGUGAUGAGCUUUUGGACCGGUGUCUUGAUCUUCUUUGUCGUUUCCAAUCUCCGCAUGUGGGCGCAGGACUAUGGCCCGAUCCUUGGUCUGUCUGCCUGGAUUUGCUCUACAUUGAUCUUCACGUACUACCGACAGCAGUUGCGACAAAUCUUUUCCAUCAAGAACGACACCAUGGACAAAUUGAAGGACUUUAGCCUUUGGUGCUGCUGUUGCUGCUGUGCUGCAGCACAAGAAGCACGCCAGGUUCAGAUGAAGAAGUUGGACGUGUGAGUCUCUUGCUUCAUGGAUUUGGAUGGGUCUUCGUGGAGUUCCUGCC